AUGUUGGGGGGGAAGUACUCUGAGAGAGCUCCCUUUAUCACCGACUCGCACUCGCCAACGCCACCCGAGGCCAAUACGUUAACACCAGAAAGCGAAGGCCCUCCGAGUGCAGAAGAGGCUCAUACGCAGAAUGAAAUCUCAAUUCAUUACCAACCCAUUCCAUGUUUCAAUUCCCCCAAUAGCGAACAAAUGGUGGGAAAUGCAGAUGUCCAAGAAAAUUCAACCAAGGCAACAGGUGCUGCCGGAGCUAUCUCAAUCCCUCAUCAUCAUUCAAGCCUAUCGAAAACCCAAGGGUGUGUCAAUGAGAUGAGGUCGGAUCAAAUACUCCAUGCAAUUUCGACAGACAACGCAGCGCUUAGCGGCUCAGUAAGCCUACAGACUAACCUCGAGCCACAACCCGUGCUCAAUCCCCUUCCACCCUUCUCGGGUAAUCUCCACAGUCCUAUCGAUUGGGAGCAGGCAUAUUCGGCACUCGAGCCUCCGUUCCACCGAAUUAGUCAAGCAAAUCAUUGGAGUGUUACUGUUGGGGCAAGCGAGACAAGAAUUCACCAACCUCAAGCCCAGGGUUUUUACGAAACCGUCUCCAACCCACUGCCACCACUAGGUGCUACACCUACAUAUCUGCCAUUGGGCUGGGAUUCACUCUCGGAUUCAAUGUCACUUCAGGACUUCGCAAUCGUUGAUUCACUUUCGAACCCUCUGCCACCUUUUAAUCCCGGCGAAAAUUGGUCAAGUUGA